AAGAGAAACAUUCUUAUUUUUUACAAACUUGAGAAGUAACAAACAAAAAAACAAUCUCUGUCUCAUUUCUUCCUUGAAAAUAUCAAUGGAAGGAGAAGGUGAUAAGUGGCAGAGGUGUGAUGAAGAUAUCUCUCUGAAUGUUCCUCUUUUAACAGAACAUGAAGGAAACCAAAUUUCUGGUAGCGGUCCCAACGACAAUAUUCUUACCACUUCUUUCCUUAAAACUUGUUUCAAUGGUCUCAAUGCUUUAACAGGUGUUGGAAUUCUAUCAGUUCCAUAUGCAUUAGCCUCAGGAGGAUGGUUAAGUCUAUUACUUUUAUUUUCUAUUGCAGCAGGAGCAUUUUAUUCAGGCAUAUUAAUGAAAAGAUGCAUGGAAAAAAAUUCCAACAUAAAAACCUAUCCUGAAAUAGGUGAACUUGCAUUUGGAAAAAUAGGAAGAUUAAUAGUAUCAAUAUCAAUGUACACAGAACUCUAUUUAGUUUCAACUGGGUUCUUGAUUCUUGAAGGAGACAAUUUGAGUAACUUAUUCCCAAUUGAAGAGUUUCAAGUCUUUGGUUUAUCAAUUAGGGCAAAGCAAUUUUUUGUGAUAUUGGUAGCUCUUAGUAUUUUGCCAACAGUUUGGUUAGAUGAUUUGAGUUUGCUUUCUUAUGUAUCUGCAAGUGGUGUGUUUGCUUCUGCUAUUAUUAUUUUGUCAAUAUCAUGGACUGCUGCAUUUGAUGGAGUUGGUGUUCAUCAAAAGGGUGAUAUUGUGAAGUGGAAUGGGAUACCUACUGCUGUUAGCUUGUAUGCUUUUUGUUAUUGUGCUCAUCCAGUUUUCCCUACUCUUUACACCUCCAUGAAGAACAAACAUCAAUUCUCUAAUGUCUUAAUUGUAUGCUUUAUAUUAACCACAGUAAUGUAUGCAUCAAUGGCUAUAAUUGGUUACUUAAUGUUUGGUUCAAAAGUUGAAUCACAAGUAACAUUAAACUUACCACUAAACAAAAUAAGUUCAAGAAUAGCAAUAUACACAACCUUGGUGAAUCCAAUCUCAAAAUUUGCUUUGAUGGCAACACCAAUUACAAAUGCUUUGAAAGAUUUUCUUCCAAGGACAUACAAGAAUAAUAGAGUGACCAAUAUCGUUGUGAGUACUGUUCUUGUAAUUAGCAAUGUUAUUGUUGCAUUGAGUGUUCCAUUUUUUGGGUCUCUCAUGGCACUUGUUGGAGCAUUUCUAAGUGUCACUGCUUCUAUUUUGCUUCCAUGUUUUUGUUACUUGAAGAUUUCUGGAAGUUAUAGGACAUUUGGGUUUGAGACAGUGGCAAUAGUGGUAAUAAUAUUAAUAGGUAUAGUAAUGGGAAUAUAUGGGACAUAUACUUCAGUUGUUGAAAUAUUACAAAAUUUGUAAUAGGUACUAAUGUAUUAUGUAGAGUUCCAUUCUCAUGAAUAACUCUCUAGUGAAAUCUCGACCUUCGAAUAUAGAGGGGGCCUGAUCUCAUGGUGUAUCAAAUAUACUUGAUUCUGCCAAUUUUGAUUUUGGCUGAAAAAUUAU